AUGUCGAAAUCCUAUGCAGUAAUUGUUGGUGACAUAGGUGGUACUAAUGCAAGGUUACAAUUAUUAUGGUACAGUCGUCAUCAACAUGUGUCAAUACCAUCCAUUGUAAAUGUCACUAGAAAAACUUAUCGAACAGUUACAUUCACAGGUCUUAGUGCAAUAUUACAACGUUUUUUAAAUGAUACAGAAAAUGAACAAAAUCAAGAAGAUGUUCUUAAUGCUAUAAAAAAUAAAAAUAUUCGAGUGGUUUUAGCUGUAUGUGGUCCUAUUUGGAAUAAUCGUCGAAGCAAUGAUACGAAUAAUGUACGUAUGGAACCUGAUGGUUCUAGAUGGCCGCAACAACAUGCAGAUGCAAUUGAGAGUGAUCUUAAACUCAGUCCUAAUUCUUUAGUAUUUUUAAAUGAUUUUGAAGCUAUUGGUUAUUGUCUUGCAGCUCAAGUUGAUUCUCAAGCAAAUGAACUAUGUAAAUUCACUGAAGCAUAUGCACUUCAUCAAGUUUCUCUUGAAAAUAAUGCUGAUACCAAUGUACCAAUAGCUUGUUUUGGUGCCGGUACUGGUCUUGGUGCAUGUUUUCUUUCACCGGAUGGUUCAGGUCGAUAUCAAGUUUAUCCAUCAGAAGCAGGUAUGACCGAUACAUUUAGUCCACGAUCAGAUGAAGAAUGGUGUCUAGCUAAAUAUUUACGUCGCAAUCAAUCAUUUAUUGAAAUUGAACAACUUGUAUCAGGUCCAGCAUUUGUUACAAUGUUACAAUUUUAUUCGGAAUAUUUAAAUCAAUCUUUAACGUCAAAACUUAAUCAUGAUCUUCAAGAAGUUUCACAAGAUGAUGCUCCAGCAGUAAUUGCUCAACAUGCUCGUGAUUAUAAUGAUCUAUUAUGUCUUCGUGUUAUUGAUACAUUUCUUGAUAUUUUUGGUCGAGUAUUAGGGACAGCAGCACAAACAUUUUUACCUUAUCGUGGUUUAUAUAUAACUGGUGGUAUUUUACCUAAACUUUCAUGGCGAUGGCAAAACAAUUCGGAAAAUCCAUUACUUAAAUCUUAUUUAGAUCAAGGACCAAAAAUGAGUGAGAUAGUUGCUCGUGUUCCACUUAUUUUAAUCAAUGAUGAUGAUUUGGGUUUAAAAGGAUGUCUUUACUAUAUGACUAUCCAUGAUGAUUAA